AUGGGUCUUGUAGACGCCUACGACCGGGCGGCGACGACCGAGAUUGCGAACGAGUCUCUGAAAGAUGUGCGGCCCGACAUCGUUCAUCAGUGUCUCCUCGCCCUCUUCGACUCCGACCUCGCCUACCAGCACCGACUGCGCGUGUACAUUAGCCUCUUCGUGCGGCAAGGGAAGGUGAUCGAGGUGUCGCCUGCGUUGCGGCCGCCACGUACGUAUGCGCGUUUCCGCGGUCUCAUGUCUGCCCUGCUUCGUGAUGGGCGUAUCUGCUCGACGGAUGGGCAGGUGCUGAUGCGGCUGAUGCCAGGCUCUGUGGCUCCCAUCAUUCCCCAUGGCGCAGAUGUGGUGGGACUCACGAACAGCCUCUCUUCUCCGAUCGUUACGGCGACGCAGCUGGCACAGCAGGCUGCCGCCGCACCGGUGGAUGACUCUCUGCAGGGCGGUAUCAAGCACGUGACGGCCUUCUACUGCAUCUCGUGCACGGACGACUGCAACCUGGAUGGUAUCGACUACAUCACCAAAUCUGUGUGCCUCUCCGCAUAUCCGAUGACAGCGCAUGUGCAAUGUGCACGAGUGUGUGAGGGGCACACACGUGUGGAGCCGGCUGACAGUCUCAGUAGUAGCACUGCGGCCAUGGAGGUAGGCGGUGGGCAAGCGAAGACUGGGAGGAGCAGCACAUCAGAGCCGUCGCGGAGAAGCGGCGAAAUAUUUCCAGUUCAUCAGGCGGAGGAUAACGAGCGGUGA